AUGGACUUUUCCACGAGCCCGCCUGUUCCCGAUCCGGCGAGAUCCAGCGGGGCUGCAGGCUCCCGAGGCUGCUGCCAGCGCUGCUGCAGCCUGGGGUCUCUGGGGUCUGACCCAGCUCAGCAGCCCGCUCCCGGGGCUCCCGAAGGAGGAGCUCCCGAAGGAGGAGCUCCCGAAGGGGCAGCCCCCGCUGGGGGUCCCCCCGGGGCUCCCCCCAACCUGACCAGCAACCGCCGGCUGCAGCAGACGCAGGCCCAAGUGCAGGAGGUAGUUGAUAUAAUGUGUGUAAAUGUGGACAAGGUGCUGCAACGAGAUGAGAAGCUGUCAGAGCUGGAUGACCGGGCAGAUGCACUUCAGGCUGGCGCUUCAGUAUUUGAAAGUAGUGCAGCAAAACUCAAAAGGAAGUACUGGUGGAAGAACUGCAAGAUGAUGAUCAUGAUGGGAGUGAUUGGUGCCCUUGUGGUGGUGGUGAUUGCAAGGGAGGGCAGAGAUGAAGAUCUGGAGUGAAGCAGCCCUCAUCCCCUGAACACUUCCCUAAUUCCCUGCGGAACUGAGAUGGGAUGGAUGGUCAGAAGUUCAUCUACUGAAGAGGAGCCAGGGCCUGCUUGUGCUACCUACUGUUCUCAUUUUAGGGGGUAGGCUUACAAGCUUGAGGCCCUCAGACCAGCAAUUCUCUCAAACUCUUCUAAACAAGCCUUUGGUGCCCCAUUCCUCCUGUCUCUCUGGGAGCUGAGGUCCCUCUAGGUUGUCUCUUUCAUUUCUUUCUCUUAAGUGUUGUAUGUUGCCUCCUCCUCUGCUCCCUUUCCCCUCCUUUGUGUCUCUGUGCACGGGCAAAGCAAAUCACCAAGGCCCUCUUAGUAAAAGCAAGGGACUCUGCUGCCCAUGGCAUCACAGCCACUCAUGCACGUGCAGUUUAUUUACUUCCUCUAUAAACACAACUGUAAUCUCCUCUGGCAUGUUCUAGAAAUCAGCUCAUGUACUUUUAAUGGUCUCUAAGAAACACAAUUCACCACCUUA